ACAACUUCGAAGUGGCACUUGAGCGAAAAAUAACAUCAAACGCCACUUCCAAUCGAACAAAUAUUUUUUAAUAAAUAAUGCUGAUUGUUACUUUGGCUAGAGCCAACUUGUUGCUUUGAUAUCACUGCUUCGGACUUGAAGAUUCAUUUUUGCUGAAGGAUUCGUCCAGGACUCGCAUAGCUACUUCCGCUAUAGCUAGCUAACGUUACCUCGGUUUCACACUGCAUUACUGUCAAACUCUUAUUUUAUUUCCUACGAGCCGAAAUAACAAUUUUGCUGGCAAAAUGAACCAAGGAUACUCAUCUAGAGGUGAAAUGGGCCCCGAAGUAACGGCCGCUGCGACGUUUGUUUCCAGGUUAUUGAAAACAAGAGGCUUCCUGAGUGAACACCAACUUCAUGAUUUCAGAGAUUGUCUUCAACAGUCAUUAUCAGAGCACUACCAGAACCACUGGUUCCCAGACAGACCACAGAAGGGCUCGGGCUACCGCUGCAUCCGAAUGAACCAUGAAAUGGACCCAAUUAUUGGCAGGGCUGCUGGUCGGAUCGGACUUACUAGCGAUCAGCUCUUCGCCCUCCUGCCCCGAGAGCUAACCCUCUGGGUGGACCCUUUUGAGGUCUCUUACCGCAUCGGGGAGGAUGGCUCUAUAUGUGUUCUCUAUGAAGCAGCGGCCCCAGCGCCAGCAGCAGCACCAAGCCCCGACCCCACACAAAACUGCAAUAAUCAAUUUCUGAUCGGUGGCCGCACUAGCCCGCCGAAGAACUACCUGAUGACCGUCUCGAGCUAGUGCGGAACCAGGCAUUACCUCGACUGGCUACGUGAACAGCGUCAGUGUGAAGCCCGUCGACCACCCACAGUGAUUAUUUUUCUACUUACAUUUCGCAG